AUGACGUUAUCCAAGAAUAACAUUUCAAAACUAUUCAAGACCAUUGAUGAAAAAAAAAAUUGGGAAGUGGUCGAGUCCAAGGCCAGUGAUCUGCGUGAUCGACUCAAGGAUGACAAUUUGUGGACUACAGAUACAAAAGAAGCAAUCGAGAUUCAAAAAGAUAUAUCAAGAUUAGAGUCUGAAAUCGCAGAGCAUUCAAAAUUCACUGUAAAAUGGAACGAAACACAGAGCAUGAUCGAACUUGCGAAAGAAGAAGGCGAUGAUACACUAUUAAAAGAAGUAGUUGCUGACAUGGAGGAUCUUGAAGCACAGUUACGCCAAUACUUUAUUAAAUCUCUCAUGACAGACGAAGUAGAUCAAAGUGGGUGUUAUAUUGAGAUUCGAGCUGGUGCUGGUGGUGCCGAGUCGUGUGAUUGGGUAUCCAUGCUAACAAGAAUGUACGAGAGAUGGGGUGCGGACCAAGGACACACAGUUACUUCUAUAGCGCAAGUCAAAGGCGAUGUUGCGGGGCUCAAGUCAUCCACAACACAGAUUCAAGGCGAUUACGCAUAUGGAUGGAGUAAGAAUGAGUCUGGUGUUCAUCGUUUUGUUCGCGUAUCUCCUUUUGACUCGAAUGCCAAGCGACACACAUCAUUCGUAUCUGUGCAAGUUUUGCCAAUCCUAUCGACUAGCAGGCUGUCCACAAAAACCAUAGAGAUUUCAACAAAUGAACUCAAACUAGAAUUUAUGCGUGCUCAAGGUGCUGGUGGACAACAUGUCAACAAAACUGAAAGUGCUGUUCGUAUGACUCACAUACCAACUGGUAUUACUGUCUUUUGCCAGUCUGAAAGAUCGCAAGUUCAAAACAAGGCCACUGCGUUAGAAAUGCUUAAAUCAAAACUCUACCAAGUCGAACUUGACAAACUAUCCAGGCAAAAACAAGAACACCAUGCUAAUCUAGGCGAAAAUGCGUGGGGAAAUCAUAUUCGUUCUUAUGUAUUGCAACCCUAUCAGUUGGUUAAGGAUACCAGAACAGGGACACAGACCACAAACGUACAAGACGUACUGAAUGGAGGAUUGCAAGAGUUUAUGGAGUCCGCCCUACUUUUUUCUCAUAAACCCUAA